UGGGCUAGUAGUGCAGGUGCCGCUGCGCCGGGGGCCGGGGAGGCUGCGCGCCGAGCCGAGCGGAGCCGGGGAGGGAUGGAGAGCGGGCCGCCGGGGCUGCAGGAGCACCGGCGCGGGGCGUAGGCGGACGCGAGCGGGCGUGAGCAGGCGCUCGGGCGCGAGAAGUGUGCGGGCGCAGGAGCACUUUGCGAUAGGAUGAGGCUCUUGGCUGGCGCGCGGUAGUACUAUGAUUUGGUAUGUGGCCACUUUGAUAGCAAGUGUGAUCAGCACCCGAGGUCUUGCGGCUCAAGCUGCCCACGGCCUACGAGAGGAGCCCGAGUUUGUGACCGCAAGAGCCGGUGAGGGCGUGGUCCUGCGAUGCGACGUGAUUCAUCCGGUGACAGGACAGCCCCCGCCCUAUGUCGUGGAGUGGUUCAAGUUUGGGGUGCCCAUCCCUAUCUUCAUCAAGUUUGGCUACUAUCCACCCCAUGUGGACCCUGAGUAUGCAGGCCGGGCAAGUCUUCACGAUAAAGCAUCCCUGCGGCUGGAGCAGGUCCGCUCUGAGGACCAGGGCUGGUACGAGUGCAAAGUGCUCAUGCUGGACCAGCAGUAUGACACCUUUCACAACGGCAGUUGGGUCCAUCUUACCAUCAACGCCCCUCCCACCUUUACAGAAACACCCCCCCAGUACAUCGAGGCCAAGGAGGGUGGCAGUGUUACCAUGACCUGCACAGCUUUUGGGAACCCCAAGCCCAUUGUCACCUGGCUCAAGGAGGGGACACUCCUAGGUGCUAGUGGGAAAUACCAGGUGAGUGAUGGCAGCCUGACGGUGACAUCGGUCAGUAGGGAGGACAGAGGUGCCUACACCUGUCGUGCGUACAGCAUCCAGGGAGAGGCUGUCCAUACCACUCACCUGCUUGUCCAAGGGCCUCCCUUCAUAGUCUCCCCUCCCGAGAACAUCACUGUCAACAUAUCCCAGGAUGCUCUGCUCACCUGCCGGGCAGAGGCGUAUCCCGGCAACCUCACCUACACCUGGUAUUGGCAGGAUGAGAACGUCUACUUCCAGAACGACCUGAAGUUGAGAGUGCGGAUCCUGAUCGAUGGGACUCUGAUCAUCUUCCGGGUGAAGCCUGAGGAUGCGGGGAAGUACACCUGCGUCCCUAGCAACAGCCUGGGCCGCUCCCCCUCUGCCUCAGCGUACUUAACUGUGCAGUACCCAGCCCGUGUCCUCAACAUGCCCCCCGUCAUCUACGUGCCCGUGGGAAUUCACGGCUAUAUCCGAUGCCCUGUGGAUGCAGAGCCACCGGCCACCGUGGUCAAGUGGAAUAAGGAUGGCCGCCCCCUGCAGGUCGAGAAGAACCUGGGUUGGACCUUGAUGGAGGAUGGCUCCAUUCGGAUCGAGGAGGCCACAGAGGAGGCCCUUGGCACUUACACCUGUGUGCCUUACAACACCUUGGGGACCAUGGGCCAGUCUGCUCCCGCACGGCUUGUCCUGAAGGACCCCCCGUAUUUUACGGUGCUACCAGGCUGGGAAUAUAGGCAAGAGGCCGGCCGGGAGCUGCUCAUUCCCUGUGCUGCUGCAGGGGACCCUUUCCCUGUCAUCACAUGGAGAAAGGUAGGGAAGCCCAGCAGAAGCAAGCACAAUGCCCUGCCCAGCGGGAGUCUCCAGUUCCGAGCCCUGAGUAAGGAGGACCACGGGGAGUGGGAGUGCAUCGCCACCAACGUGGUCACCAGCAUCACUGCCAGUACCCACCUGACCGUCAUCGGCACCAGCCCCCAUGCCCCGGGCAGUGUCCGGGUCCAGGUCUCCAUGACAACUGCCAACGUGUCCUGGGAGCCAGGCUAUGAUGGAGGAUUCGAGCAGACAUUCUCAGUUUGGUACGGACCUCUGAUGAAGCGGGCACAGUUUGGGCCCCAUGACUGGCUGUCUUUGCCAGUGCCACCGGGACCCAGCUGGUUGCUAGUGGACGCCCUGGAGCCUGAGACAGCAUACCAGUUCAGCGUCCUGGCCCAGAACAAGCUGGGAACGAGCGCCUUCAGUGAGGUGGUCACUGUGAACACUUUAGCAUUCCCUAUCACAACUCCAGAACCCCUGGUGCUGGUUACCCCACCAAGGUGCCUCACAGCCAACCGGACCCAGCAGGGUGUGCUCCUGUCUUGGCUCCCCCCUGCCAAUCACAGCUUUCCCAUUGACCGCUACAUCAUGGAAUACCGCGUCGGGGAGCACUGGGAGACGUUAGAUGGUGCCAUCCCAGGCACUGAUGGAGACUUCUUUGCCAAGGAUCUGUCACAGGACACCUGGUACGAAUUCCGGGUUCUGGCCGUCAUGCAGGAUCUGAUCAGCGAGCCCAGCAACAUCGCCGGCGUCUCCAGCACAGACAUCUUCCCACAGCCGGACCUGACUGAUGACGGGCUAGCUCGGCCUGUGUUGGCUGGAAUCGUAGCUACCAUCUGCUUCUUGGCAGCUGCCAUCCUGUUCAGCACCCUGGCCGCCUGCUUUGUCAACAAGCAGCGCAAACGUAAGCUCAAGCGCAAAAAAGAUCCUCCACUCUCCAUCACUCACUGCAGAAAGAGCCUAGAGUCUCCCUUGUCGUCUGGCAAGGUGAGCCCCGAGAGCAUCCGCACGCUUCGGGCCCCGUCGGAGUCCUCUGACGACCAAGGCCAGCCGGCAGCCAAGAGGAUGCUGAGUCCCACCCGGGAGAAGGAGCUGUCGUUGUACAAGAAGACCAAGAGGGCCAUCAGCAGCAAGAAGUACAGCGUGGCCAAGGCUGAGGCCGAGGCCGAGGCCACGACGCCCAUCGAGCUCAUCAGCAGAGGCCCCGACGGCCGCUUCGUGAUGGAUCCCUCUGAGAUGGAGCCCUCGAUUAAGAGCAGACGCAUCGAGGGCUUUCCCUUUGCCGAGGAGACGGACAUGUACCCCGAGUUCCGCCAGUCGGACGAGGAGAACGAGGACCCGCUGGUGCCCACAUCGGUGGCUGCCCUGAAGUCCCAGCUGACCCCUCUGUCAUCCAGCCAGGAGUCCUACCUGCCACCACCAGCAUACAGCCCUCGGUUCCAGCCCCGUGGGCUGGAGGGCCCCGGCGGCCUGGAAGGUCGGCUCCAGGCCACAGGCCAGGCCAGACCUCCCGCCCCCCGGCCCUUCCACCAUGGCCAGUAUUAUGGGUACCUCGGCAGCAGCAGUCCUGGGGAGGUGGAACCGCCACCCUUCUACAUGCCGGAAGUGGGCAGCCCCUUGAGCUCGGUCAUGUCCUCCCCACCCCUGCACACUGAGGGGCCUUUCGGCCACCCCACCAUUCCUGAGGAAAACGGAGAGAACGCUUCCAACAGCACGCUGCCCUUGACUCAGACACCCACAGGAGGGCGCUCCCCUGAGCCCUGGGGCCGGCCAGAAUUCCCCUUUGGGGGACUGGAAACCCCAGCCAUGAUGUUUCCCCACCAGCUGCACCCCUGUGAUGUAGCCGAGAGUCUGCAGCCCAAGGCCUGCCUCCCCCGAGGACUGCCCCCCACCUCCCUGCAGGUGCCCGCGGCCUACCCGGGCAUCCUGUCUCUGGAGGCGCCAAAGGGCUGGGCGGGCAAGUCGCCGGGCAGAGGCCCCGCCCCAGUGCCCACCUCCGCUAAGUGGCAGGACAGACCUAUGCAACCUCUGGUGAGCCAAGGGCAGCUAAGACAUACCAGCCAAGGUAUGGGCAUACCCGUGUUGCCUUACCCCGAGCCGGCCGAGCCCGGGGGGCAAAGCGGCCCCAGCACAUUUGGCCUGGACACCCGGUGGUACGAGCCCCAGCCCCGGCCCCGGCCCAGCCCCCGGCAGGCCAGGCGCGCCGAGCCCAGUUUACAUCAAGUGGUGCUACAGCCCUCCCGGCUCUCGCCUCUGACCCAAAGCCCCCUCAGCUCCCGCACCGGCUCCCCCGAGCUUGCCGCCCGGGCCCGGCCUCGCCCGGGCCUCCUGCAGCAGGCAGAGAUGUCGGAGAUCGCCCUGCAGCCGCCGGCCGCUGUCAGCUUCUCUCAAAAGUCCACGCCGUCCACGGGCUCGCCUUCCCAGAGCAGCCGUAGCGGGAGCCCCAGCUACCGGCCCACCAUGGGCUUCACCACGCUGGCCACAGGCUACCCUUCCCCUCCGCCAGGCCCUGUAGGGCCUGCGGACAACCUGGAUGUGUUUGGACAGACGCCUUCCCCUCGAAGGAUGGGGGAGGAACUGCUCAGACCAGAGCCCCCCCCACCGCCAUUACCUACUUCAGGAACACAUGCACCUGCACCCGGGAAUGCUGCUGCACCUGAGAGGCUGGAGGCUCUGAAAUACCAACGGAUAAAGAAGCCCAAAAAGUCAUCCAAGGGCUCUUCGAAGUCAAAGAAACGAUCCGACGGUUCUGCCUCCCAGGCUCAGCAGCCUCCAGACUCCCAGGUUCUGUGGCCCGAAGAAGCCGUCUGCCUCCGAAAGAAGAAGAGACAUUCUCGGCCUGACCCCUUUGCCCGCCUCUCAGACCUGUGCCACCGCCAGCUUCCGGAAGAUCAGACAGCGAUUCUCAACAGCGUGGAUCACGACGACCCCGGCCACGCCACCUUGCUGUGAAACGACGCAACUCUAAGUGGUCCCAGUGCGGCAGCGCUGGGCUGAGGGGCAGGGGAGGGAGGAUGAGGGUGCCAGCAGAGGGGCAGUUUCGGGGGCUGCUCCGACCUUUGUUCUGCUCAUUCUCUCUCCGGCGAGAGUGUUGCCUCCUCCGAAGCCUGGCCAGCGGGUCUCGCUUUGGGGAUAGCGGGCCAGGGGCAGACCUGUAGGUAGAGAUCAGGAAGUGAACUGGGGACAAGGAGAGAUCUGCCUCCUUCCCACCUCUCCCCUCUUCACUGGCUUGAUUUUUCUCACCUCUUCAAAUACCUUUGGAAGUGAAGAAGGGGAAAGCAAUGGCUUUUACUGCUCUCUGCUUCUGUUUCAGUUUUUCAAGUCCUGGAAGAGGGCUGGACUGCCCAACCCAUCUUCCGAAUCUACAUAUAUAUAGAUAUAGAUACAAAUGCAUAUGUAUGUAGUUGGUGGGUUUCUCUAUGUAUAUAUAUGUACAUUGAAGCAAAGUGCUGUUUGUUUCUGUGGUCGGUGAAGGAAGGAGGAAGAGGGCAGCAGACGGGUUUGUAAGGAGGACCGGCAGAGAGCCGGCUGGGCGUCCUGAUGUCUGUCCUGGGUGUUAGUCCUCCUGAAACAGGAUUCAUGACUUCUCAGCUGAACGCACCGUUCGUUUCUCUACCCUCUCCUGUCCAGAGCAGAAAUGGGGCUUGCCAUGAUUGCCAGCGGCCUGCUUUAGGGGUUCAGUAAUGAGUUACCACAGAACUAAACACAAGCCCUUAUUUCUUGGUUUCUGGGUGAAGAGAGGGUGGCCAGCAAAGGGCCAGACUGGUACCUUUCUUUCUUCCAUGGUCUGGCUCGUGCUACGGAAGUGGAAGCUGCUUAGCAGUGGGGCCAAGAGGCAGGUCCUGAUGCACAAACUUGAGCUCGUCCGUCAGUCCCUCUUGGUCCAGCCGGGGCCGGGAGCCCUGUGGCCAAAGGGCCUCCCGCUCUGGAGCCAUCUGUGCUGCGCACCAGGCUGCCGCGGCUCUAUUUAUAUCCUGCUUCUGGCUCGGCACCCUCUGGAGUACUGUUCCAAAGGCGCUGAUUGGAUUCCUCCUUUCCUUUUGUGGGAGCUAAUUCCCCAGAUUGAUUAAUUGCCACUUGUGGGGAGCCUGCCUGCGGCUCCUUUCCAUCUCUCCACGUGCUGCCUGCAAACUCCUCUUUGCCCUGGGCCCUCCUCCAUCCCGUGGACCCAAGCUCCAACAGGAUGGGAUCAGAUGAAGCCAGGGUGCCUCAGGUUUCCAGGUUCUGGGGGCACUCUGGAUCCUCUUUCCCCUCAGUUUUAUUUAUGUGGAACUGGCUGAGGUGGGGGGAAGGGGUGGUGAAGGUAGAAGGGGUGGUAGGUGGGGGCCUGGGCUCUGAUCCUUUCUUUGCCAAAAUCUUGUCCGAGUUCAGACUAUUAGCACCCAGGAGCGUCUGUGAGGCCGUCUUACGGUGACUAAAGAUGGAUCUUCCUCUUGCAGUGAGAUAGUGGUACUGCCUAAGAGCAGGGCAGAAGGUCCUGAAGACGGAUGGGGUGCCUCUGCUCUUUCCCCUCUUCUUCCGCAGGAGCCUGCCCUCUGGCUGCCUGGGAAUAAAGGUGGCUAUCAGGUUCCUUGAAGUAUUUCCUUCUUGGUGCUGUUGUCUUGGCGGGUUUGGGGACAUCUACCUCUCCCCAGUUGCCUGCUUGGAUGCUGGCCAAGUCAAAGCACUAGAGGCUUCUGCUGGUCUCACUGCAGUUGCUAGUGGCUUAGCCCUGAUGACCUCAGCAGGGGGAGGCUCUGGGAGCUGGGGAGCUGCUCUUGCUGGGAGCUUCUGUCUUAGGGAACGGAUUCUUCUCUGCCACAAGCCCUGGUGCUUCCUUUCUCUGGCCUAGCGAGGGGGGGACCGGCUCUGAUGUUGGGGUUCUGCCACAUGUCACACAACCAGAGUUCCUUUCUGAGGGUGGUGAGUCAUCGUGACAGAGGGGGGAAGGGGCAGUUUCUGGCCCUCAUCUUGUUGACUGCUCCACUCUCCUGGGCUGGGCCUGUGCCCUUGGGGUGGAGCCUGGACCUUCCGGCUAACGCCCUUCUCUGGGGAUCCAAGACCCCCCACUUGACCACUGGGCGGCAGCUCCAGCGAAACGGAAAAGCAGAGGUUGGGCGACUCCGUCUGCUUUUCCAAGCAGCACUACCUCUGCCACCGCGCCCGAUAAGUGACUCGCUGAGUACCUCUCCUAGGGCAUGUGGGGAAUGGACACGGAUUCACACUGGGUCAGUUUGUAGCCUCUCUCGGUGUGUGGUUUGCUGACCGGGGCGAAUCCUGGCCAAAAUGUGAAUGUGGGAUGCCAGGGCUGUAGGACUUCAGAGUGGAUUGGGCCAAUCUUUCUGAGCCCUGUGCUGGGAGUUCCAGGUUCUGAGCUUAGCAGAGAAGAGGAGAAGAUGAGGUGGAAGGCUUUGCCUCUUUAGGAUGUCCUACAAGGUUGAGAGCCAACCUCUGGGCUGAGGUGCCUCAGACUCUGGCUGUGCUUUCCCAAGGGGCCCACCAGCAAGCUAUCUCCAGGGCUAACAAAGGUACUGACCCCUGUCUUCUCUUCUUCCUCUGGCGGUGCCCCUUACCUCAGCACAUCAGACCAAAUGGUGGGAGCUGUGCUUUUCGCUGGCCACUGAGUGGCAGCUCUGCUGGGGCAUCCCCAAGGCUAGGCAAAGGACACACUCUCAACGGCCUCACACUCAUUUCUCCUCCCAAGACGGAGUCCUCCUUGUGACAGUGUCCUUGAAGCCCAGCAGCCUUCCUGCACCCCUGGGAGCUAUUUCAGCCCUUCCUUGAAGGACUGCAGUGGAAAUUGGCAGACUACGGUCCCCUCUGUCCAUGUGAUGGAGGGUAAAGAUGUCGUAGGCACACACUUCCGUGCUGGGUGUGUGCACGCGUGUGAGGGUGUGGUUGUGCACGGUGUGUGUGAUGGGGGUGUAGCCAUUUCUAGGAACCAAAUGUCCUUCAUACUCUGCCCUUGAACAAUUGCGAUGUGCACUCUUGAGCUUCCUACGACUUUUGUGCUCCAUUCCGUGGGCGAUCAAAUGUCUUCCAGACUUCCUCUUUUAUGGUCUGGUACCUUUGCAGUAGAAACAGCUCACCUGUGUCUCAGAGCCUGCCCCUUCAUUCUGCACCCUGACUAGAAACUGUGACUGUUUCAGGGUUAGGUGAUUCGCAGACCGGGACAAGGGUAACAGGAUUCUCGAAGGAGCCUGAAGCUGAAAGCAUGUAGGAGGGUCUGAGACUGCAAUUGUUUGGGGAAGAGAUGAGCAAUAAGGAGAAGGCAAAUCCUGUUUCUUGAUUGCUGGCUCACCACACCGAGUGGGUUUCCUCGCUUGCGUGGGGCCACGUGUGGAUCGUCGUUUGUGGCCAAGUUCAGCACGCGCUGGUGAGCCCCACCACUGUAUCUCCCCACCUGCCUCCCUAGCUUCUUUCCUUGAGAGCUGAGGGGGCACGAGAGACCUUUGGAGACUCCACUUUGUCUGUAGGAAGGAUGCUUCAUCCCACAGGGCUGGUGGGGUUGGUGCCCCACUUUGAAGAGCCUGUGUCCAAUGAUCACGCUCUUGGGGGCAUCUCAAGCAGGGGUGGAUUGGGGUAAGUUUUAAUAUUUUUCAAUGCUGUCUUUAUUUUGAUUUGGGAUCUAGAAUAUUUAGGGUUGUACUGAUUCCAGUUGUUUUCCUGUAUCUUUUUUAUGCAGAGGAAACUGGGUAGGGUUCAGAUGUGGACUUUCCUGACUAGUUUGGUUUUUGUUUUAUCUUGUUUUGUGUUUUGUUGAGUUGACAAAACAGUAGCUUCAAGGGAGAAACAGCCUUCACCAAGCAUCAGGGCGACUUUGCCACUCCCCGGGAUUAGAAUCCAGGGCUGAGGUGUGCGUGGCUGCAGCUGUUUCUUCCAGUUUUGUUAGAAAAGCCUUCUGGGGGGUUGGGGUGGGUUGGGGGGAGAAUUGUACAUAAAGUACAUUUUAUUGUUACAUAGAAACAUAAGAAAAGAGAAGCUAAUGGUUACUCUUGGGCUUGCUUUGCUUGCAUGUAAAGGAGCUUUGGGCGCCAUCACAGGGAUUUCUGGGGAGCAGUAGGAAGGAGUCAAAGGGGAGAGAUGGGUGGGAGCAAGGGUGGCUCCCCUGAGUGCAUCCCCACUGCUCCCCCUGGGGAAGAGUGCACAUUUUCACCAGCCCUUCUGGGCCAGCUCUGCCUUCAUAUCUUCUCCAAAACAAAGGGAGGCAGGCUCCGGCAGGCUGGAGGCUUGGAGCCCCAUGGAGCUGCGCUUGUUGCUUUGGGGAAAGGGUCCAGAUCUAAACUGAAUAAGGGAAUUGAUUGGGUGGGGUGUUUCAGGAAAGGGAGUUAGAGAGUUGGAGCACAGAAAGGAGGUCGGAUUCUUUUGCCUAGUGUCUGUAAGUCUGGAAGGGGAAUAGAGAGCUAGGUCAAGCAUAAAGUAGAAAGAGGGUGGGGAUCCUGAGAUAUGACAGUAAGGCCAAAGCCAGGGGACAUCAAGCCUUACCUUUCUCUUUGGGGCAUGUGAUAGCUUAGUUACCCCUGAGGGUGCAGUGUGUAAGUUGGGGGAGUCAUCCCAAGAAAGGAAAGAGGUGCGGUUGCCUGGGGUGGGGCAGGCUGGGGAGUACUGGCAGUGAAGAUCAUUUAGGGGACAGGUGUGGGAGGGUGAUACAGUCGCUGAAAAAAGACUGAGGGGUGGGGUCUUGGCACAUAGGCCCUGACUGGAUCUUGGAAGAGGUCUUGCUUCUUAGCUAGACUUCCUUGCUUCUUCUAGAAUUAGCCUAUAACACGAAGUGCCCAAACCAAACAUGGUCAUAUUCUCUGUGAUGUCUUUCAGCUUCAUCUGUUUGUUUUCAGGGGUUCCUCAGGCCCAAAGCUAGGAGUCUUGAGAUCCCCAUCGUAUUGCCAGCUCUGUGUCAGUAGAGGAGGAAGACUCGUUCUCCUGAGCUUCAUGUGUGUGUUUUCAUAAGCAGAAGUGGCAGGUGGCCUUUUCCCUCUCUCCCAUGAUCUUAAACUUCUCGUAAGACAUUGUUGCUGGUGAAGGAGAGGAAGGACCGGGGUUUGCAUUUGCAUUUGUCACCCUUUCUUCUUGAGGCACAGAGACUGCCUUCAGAACGUGAAGUCACGCAGUGGUUUAUACCUAGACGUUUGGUUCUCACUUUCUCCUCCUUUGACAGGGUAAGGCCACCAGUCUUAUUGACAUAGAAGGACAAAAGAGUUUCACCCUAAAGGCAGACCGGCCAUUCUACUAUCCUCUUUGAUGUCUCCAACCCUGCCUCCUUUCAGAUUGAGAGGCAGAAUUAAAAAUCUCUUUAGAAGAAGUCCAUAAAAGUCAAGCCCAGGUGGGACUUGAGCCCUCCUAGCACCUUGAUGUUUGCUUAAGGAGGGGUAUCCAUCACCACCCCUCCUUCUGACUGGUUGUGAAACCACACUGGUCCAGUGCUUUAUUUCUGGGCCCCCUGUCUAUACUUUCAAAUAAGUCUGUCAUGAACAAAUAUAAUAUCCUUACCACCUGCUCUGUUUUGGGUUGCUGAGAGGGUAGAAGUGUUUUCAUUACCUCAUUUUAAGCUGGUCACAUAAUUUCCAACAGAUUGGGUCUGAUUCAAAGACUCUCCUUACCCCAAAGGUUUCUGGGUAGGAUAAAGAAAAAUUAAGCAUUAGUGCAAAUAUCAUUAAUGGCUCGCCACACCUUAUAGAAGGAUAGUUGAAGUAUCUUGGUUAAGAAAUACUUUGGUAGGACAGCAACCAGCAAUUGAAAUCACUUAGGUAUUUUCUUCUGUGAUGGGUCUGUCGUAGUAGUUGGGGUUUCUGAAGAGGGCUGAAGGAGUAAUUGCCAGCUCUGGACCCCUCGCUGGGAGAGCUAGAUUGGGCAGUUAGAUUCUCAGUUCCUAUCCCUGGUACCUUGGCUCUUUGCCUGUCCCAUCUCACUAGACGGGGAUGUGAAUGGCUGUCUGGGCCUCUUGUUCUUUUUGGUCUUGAAGAAAUGUGUUCCACCAUCAGCACCUCUCCCUGGCACUGGAUUUCCUGGAUUUAUUUUAGGAACUAGGACAAACUCUCCACCUCCACCCCAUAUACGCACCAGUUAGGCCUUUCCUUCCUUACCCCACUUCUUUAUGGCUCCAGGGACCUUGAACUUGUGCAUGGUUUACGAUGGGGAGAUGGUUGGGUGGGGAAGGGAAUCUGGGAGGGGAGAUGGGUUGGGCCGGGAGGGGGGAUUUCCAUUUUCAGCCUUAGAAAUACUGCCAGCAUGCUUUUGGGUGAUGUGUGGGGUUUUCACAUAGUAGGUGGAAGGGGCAAAUGCUGACCCCCCUCAUGGGUGAUGAGAACUUAGAGGCUUUUUGCUUCCUUUUGGCUUAGGGCAUCUAUGAAGCCUAGUUUCUCACGGAGGGAAAUAAACCUCCUCACGGUCAUCUUGCAGUCAUUGGAAGGCAACUGUCAGUCAUUCUUCAGUGAAGAUCUAUAUUGCCUAUGCGAGCGAUGAGAGGUCUGUCCUGAGUAGAUAGUGUCCUAGCUGGGUCAGAGAAAUGGGGCUGUCUCACAUGUCGCUCUGAAGUUGCUAGGUCAUCUCCCUAGUCUCCAGCUCCAGCCGGCUGUCUAGUCUGUGUUCCUUUCCUGGGCUCAGGAAGUGAGAAUGUGUGUGCUGUGUGGGUGUGAGGGUGUCUGGUUUAUCUGUGGGUGUGAGUGUGUGGGGUGUGAGAG